AUAAAAGCUAUAAACUAAUAACAAAUCAGUCUACAAACAUUUACAAACUGUCAUACAAACCUUUAAAGGUUUUGUUGAUGUGUUUUUAAGAUGGCGAAGACAUAUGGAAUCGAUGAUUUAGUUGAUAAUGUCACUUUGUAUAGCUCAAGAUCACUUAUUUUACAUGGAUACAUACUUCCUUUCAUCAUUCUGUAUUUCUUAUGGUUUUAUAUGUUCGUUUUUCAGUAUGGUGUUUCGGAGUAUUAUGAAGCCGGCUUGAUAAUUUUGGCAGUGAUAGGUUUUAUUCAAAUUUUAACUUGUCUAUUUUGCCAUUGGUCGGUUCACAUUCGAUGUUUAUUGUCGUGUAACAGAGCUGCUGAUGUGUCUACUGCUUGUUAUGUUAAAGUUAUUCCCGCACCUAAUAAUGGGUCACCUGAAUUGGUCCGUCUUCAUUUAUCAAUUGAUGAUCGGGGCUCUAAAGCAUGGUUUAGAUUUCAGAAGACAAAAUAUGUAUAUAACUUUGAAAAAAAAUGUUUUGAAGGUUUAUCAUUUCCAAUUAAUUUACCUUUGAAGCACUAUCAGGAAUGUAAAGGCUUUGCAGAUGAACAGGAGUUAAAAUUUUCUGAAAAGGAAUUUGGCAAAAAUGAGCUUGAAAUGGUGGUACCAGAAUUUAUGGAAUUGUUUAAAGAGCGAGCUACUGCCCCUUUUUUUGUGUUUCAAGUUUUCUGUGUCGCACUUUGGUGUUUGGAUGAAUACUGGUAUUAUAGUGUCUUUACUCUUGCAAUGCUUAUUGCCUUUGAAGGUACUCUUGUCCAGCAGCAGUUGAGAAAUUUGUCAGAAAUACGGAAAAUGGGAAACAAACCGUAUGGUCUUCAGGUAUAUCGUAACAGAAAGUGGAGGCCUAUACCGAGUUCAGAAUUAGUUCCUGGUGAUAUUGUGUCAAUUGGUAGAUCUCAACAGGAUAACCUUGUUCCUUGUGAUUUGUUGUUAUUACGAGGACCUUGCAUUGUAGAUGAAUCUAUGUUAACUGGAGAGUCUGUGCCACAAAUGAAAGAACCUAUUGAAGAGCUAAAUUCUUCAGAUUUGUUAGAUUUAGAUCAACAUGGACGUUUGCACAUAUUAUUUGGAGGGACUAAAAUUUUGCAACAUACUCCUCCUGGCAAAACUAGUCCUGGUCUCAAAGCUACUGAUAAUGGAUGCAUAGCGUAUGUGUUGAGGACUGGCUUUAAUACAUCUCAGGGCAAGCUUUUGAGAACUAUCCUGUUUGGAGUAAAAAGGGUCACAGCAAAUAACUUAGAAUCCUUCUGUUUUAUUUUAUUUCUAUUGAUAUUUGCCAUUGCAGCAUCAUCCUAUGUAUGGAUUAAAGGAACUGAAGACCCGAAACGAAGCCGCUACAAGUUAUUUUUGGAAUGUGUUUUGAUACUAACAUCAGUUGUACCACCAGAACUACCUAUAGAACUUUCAUUAGCAGUUAAUACAUCACUCUUGGCUUUAUCUAAAUUGUAUGUUUAUUGCACUGAACCAUUUCGAAUACCAUUUGCUGGAAAAGUGGAAAUAUGCUGUUUUGAUAAAACUGGGACUCUUACAAGUGAUAGCCUGGUUGUUGAAGGUGUUGCUGGAAUUAAUGGUCAGCAUAAAGUUUGUUCUAUAGCUGAUAUUCCUCCUGAAACUACUCAAGUCCUUGCAACAUGUCAUUCUUUAACACAGUUGGAAGAUGGCAUUGUUGGUGAUCCAUUAGAAAAAGCCACUCUAACUGCUGUGGACUGGAAUCUUACUAAAGGGGAAGCUGUAGUUCCUCGAAGAGGUAAAAUGUCUGGCUUAAAGAUUUUUCAUCGUUACCAUUUCUCCAGUGCUUUGCGUCGAAUGUCUGUGAUAGCUGGUUACAAUCCUGCAGGCUCUUCAGAUACUUCAUACAUUGCUGCUGUCAAAGGGGCUCCUGAAAUUUUAAAAUCAAUGUUUCGAAAUGUACCAUCUGAAUAUGAUCAAAUUUAUACUGAAAUGUCAAGACGUGGGGCUAGAGUUUUAGCGUUAGGUCGCAGAGAAUUAGGAAUUCUGUCUCACCAAGAAGUUCGUGUAAUGACUAGAGAAGAGUUAGAAAAAGAUCUGGAUUUUGUUGGUUUUGUUAUUAUUUCUUGUCCAUUAAAACCUGAUUCAAAGGCAAUUAUAAAAGAGAUUCAAGCUGCUAGUCACCAUGUUGUAAUGAUUACUGGUGAUGCUCCACUUACUGCAUGCCAUGUUGCAAGAGAACUUAAUUUCACAAGUUACAACCAUACACUUGUUCUAACCCCUUCUCAGAAAUUAGAAAAUGAAUGGAAUUGGGUUUCAAUUGAUGAAAGUGUAACAAUACCAGAAAUUCCAGAAAAAGGAGCUGAACAUCUGUACACAAAUUAUGAUCUAUGUGUCACUGGCGAGGGAUUAAUGCGUCUUUCAAGUGUGAACUAUGAUUUUCUGAAAUCCAUUAUUCCCCAUGUGAAAAUAUAUGCCAGAGUUGCUCCAAAACAAAAGGAAAAUAUAAUAACAGAAAUGAAAAGCCUGGGUUAUGUGACAUUGAUGUGUGGUGAUGGAACAAAUGAUGUUGGUGCUCUUAAACAUGCUCAAGUUGGUGUUGCUAUUUUAUCUGGUGCACCAGAGAGACCUCACCAAAAACGGAGAAAGAAGGACGAAGAUGGUGUAGACAAUAAAGCUAAGAAAACUGACAGUAUAGAAAAUAAUGCUAUUUCUAAGUUAGAAGCUAUGGCAUCCAAAGGAAAAGUGUCUAAACGAUCUGAUAAUAAAAAUAAAGCACGCAAAGAAGAUAAUUUAACAGAAGCUCAGAAAAGACUUCACAAACUUCUAAAAGAAAUGGAAGAGGAGGAACCUCCCCAAAUCGUCAAACUGGGAGAUGCUAGCAUAGCGGCACCUUUCACAUCUAAAAUGUCUUCAAUCCAAUGCAUUUGCCAUGUGAUAAAGCAGGGACGAUGCACCCUUGUUACUACAUUACAGAUGUUUAAAAUAUUAGCACUGAAUGCCUUAAUUCUUGCUUAUUGCCAGAGUGUUCUCUAUCUGGAUGGCAUAAAAUUUAGUGAUACUCAGGCUACGCUGCAGGGACUACUCCUAGCUGGUUGCUUCUUAUUUAUAUCCAGGUCAAAGCCUCUAACGACAUUAUCAAGGGAGCGCCCAUUGCCCAACAUAUUUAAUUUUUACACAAUUUUAACAGUGCUUCUCCAAUUCAGUGUCCAUUUUAGCAGCUUAGUUUAUUUAGUACAAGAAGCCACAUCAAGAAUGCCACCCAGAGCUGAGGCCUUUGCUGACUUAGAGGCUGAAUUCAAACCAUCUCUUCUGAAUAGCACAGUUUACAUAAUCUCUAUGGCUCUGCAAAUAUCCACAUUUGCUGUCAACUACAGGGGUCACCCAUUUAUGGAAAGUCUGACAGAAAACAAGCCACUCAUGUAUAGUAUUUUAAUAUCAGGCACAGCAAUACUGAUGCUUGUAACAGGCCUCUCACCAGAACUAGCUGGCAUAUUUUCCAUUGUAGACUUUGAACCAGAAUUCCAAAAAGUGGUACUUCUUACUUUGUUCUCAGACUUCUUCUUUGCUUUCCUUGUGGAUCGGAUCUGUUUACUAUUAUUUGGCCGAGGAAAACUCAGAGUACUUUGAUAUGAACUUAAUAUUUAGACUUGUUUUUCAAAUGUCUUUAAUGUAAAUUAAUAUCAUUAUCUUUAUUGUGCAUGUAGCCUGUCAUUGGGUGAAAACUAAAGAAAUUAAAUGUGUCCCAAAAAUUUUUAUGCAUUAAUUUAUUUAAAAAUAUUUGAUUUUCAUGCAUGAAAGUAGAUGAAAUAUAUAAUAUUAAAAUGUGGAAAAAUUUGUUAGCUUUUUAAAUUAUUAACACAGAGUAGGGUUAUUGAUAAUGUUUUCAAAUAUGUCAUCUAAAGAAAUGAAUUAUCUUCAACUUGCAUUUAUGUAAAGAAUCAUAAAAUUUCUUUUAAACUUGUUAUUUGCAUGGAAUUAUAAAGGUUGUUCAGAUUACAAGUAAACACAUGUAAUAGCAUUAGAAAUGUUAGUAGUGCUAUCAUUCAAAGUUAUAAAGAAAGGUAAAAGGAGUGCAUCACAGACUGUUUAGAAUUGUUUUCUGAAAUCACAUGAGAGCAUAUAAAGUGAAUGUAAAGUUAAGACCGAAAGGAUGCAUCUAGAACAGAAUAAGAUGAAGUAAUGUGAUUUUUGGUGGUAUAAGAGGAUUAUACAAUUCUUUUACUCAUUACUAACAAAGUGCUGGACUGAUGUCCUUAUUCAUAACUCUUAUUCAUAAUCAAUAGCUGCAUUAUAUGUGGAUUGGAGAUCACAGUGUUCAAGUACUUUAGAUCUUGACUGUUCUGUUUUUAAAAAUGUAUACCCCAUUAUUUUCAUACCCCUAUGUUUGCUUUAAGCAUCGAUUAUUAGACAAUAAAUUUCUGUAUUUUGAUGACCUUUACAAAUAAUUCUACUGCUUGUUCUGUUCUGGAGGUAUCCAUUUUGCCACAACAUUAUAUUCACCUCACAUAAACUGGUUAAUUAUUAGUAAUACCCAAUCUGCAAUCCAUUCUUGUUACAUCCUGCCUCGAUAUUUCUGAUGCUAUUGAUGAUGCCAGUUUUCAUUUAAGCAACCCUUAUACUUUGAUCUUUGUAAAUUUUAUUUCAAUGGCUAUUGUGUAUUCUAUACUGUACAGGAAGAUUAUUUGCAUGUCUAACUGACCAUUUUCACUUUAUAAAUUCUGAAUAUUUUUUCUUGGGCUUUCAAAGCACUUGUUACUCAUUAAAUGCAUUCCCUAUCUAUACUUUAUUUAUUUAUUUGAUGUUAUUUUUCACUUGUUUGCAAAGCUUUGCACUUAAUACUUUAAUUUAUAACUUCCCUGAAAAUUUUCAAGUAUACUAGCUGGUAAAUAUGCAAAACCUUCAGCUAUUAAGGUUUGCAAAAAUAAGUGAGCUCUUGUGAAAAGAAAUAAUAAAAAUAUAAAAGAUAAUAAUACUUUGUAAGAAUUAGAAGACAAGCUAAUUCUUUAUUCCUAAAAUAUGUUUUUUUUUCUCUUGAUGUUAUUCACUUCCCAUUUAAUUAGCAGAGAAUUCAUACUGAUCGUAACCAUACUGUCUUAUCAUGACUUGACAUGUUUUAACUGAAUGACUUCAUCUUUGUCCUUCUCUCAGACCGACUAAAUACAUGCUAAGCUAGAAAACUUGUUCUGUUUUAUCUGUUAAGUAUGUGUUGCUUGUUAUAUGUGAUUGAGGAUCAUUUGUAAACAAUUAAUAUGAAAGCUUCUUCGAAGUAAAUCCUGAAUUAUUCUGUCAAAAAUAAUACAAUUGCACAAUUUCUUGAGUUGUAAAAUUGAUCAAUAUAACAUUGAACAAUUUCCUAAGCUCCUAAUUGUUAAAUAUAACAAUCAAAAUAUGCACUUGCUUAAUUUCACAUUUUUUCUUCUUCUAAUUUUUCAAUUAAGAUCUUAACAGAGUAACAAUUAGAAGUAAAAGAAUUAAGUUGUUAACUUUGCUCUUUUAUAGGCACCAACAUUGUGUGAAAUAACUAGGUACCAAAAUUUGAAUUGAUUUUGCAAAUAUUUUAGAAGAAGAAAAAAGGAUUAACAAUUAGGGAUAAAAUGAAUUGUUAAUAAUGAAAACUGUAUUAAUCUAAUAUUUAUAAACAUGCAGUGUUCAUUACUGAAUAUUAGCAGCAGCAUAAAAUAUGCUGAUGCUAGUGUUCAGUUAUGAACGCUGCAUUAUUUUCUGAGUUUUAGAAGUGUUUUAAUUUAUAAUAAUUUCAUAAAUUUUAAUAAUUAUCAGAAUUUGUGCUUGUUUCUUAAUUUUCAUAAAUUAGAUUUUUAUUUAAAAUGAAGAUAAAGAAAUGUUUGGAAUAGAAAUUAUAUUUAUUUGAAUAUUUCAUUGCAUUCUUACUUGACGAUUGAGUGAUAAAUUUUUUUUUAAAUUUCAUUUUGUCUGUGAUGGAUAUUCUGUGUAUAUUUUUAGUCUUAUCUUACCUUAUUUAUUUGAAUUUCAUUCUAUGGUUUAUUAAUACCAUGCUUUUUGAACUCCUGGUUAAAAUUGUACUGAGAUAUGUCUGCUAUGUGCUACUUUCCCAUCAAAUAACAUAAAGAAAACCUGCCUUUCUGAUGCAGGAAAAACUUAAAAGUUCCUUAAAAACUUAAUCUAAUGCUUAGAUAAUUCAACUUGGUAAAUGUCUGAGUAAUUUGCAUGGAAUUUUUUUCGUUAUGCACCAUUUUCUUGUUAAAUACCAACUAAAAAAAUAGAUAUGUAUUAAAGUAAAGUAAAUAUUAAAUUUCAAAAUAUUCUAAAGUUAAUAAUAAAGCAGUGAUUGCCAAAUUAAUUGUGAGCUACUGGAAGCUCACGGUGACAUUUUCGACAGAUCGUGGUAAUUCUCUGGUUGGCUAACAUGGUUUUAUCCUGCUGAUAAACCAAAUGUAUGAUUUUUUUGUUGAAAAAAAUUAGUUCUUUUCUUUGGUAGCUCACAGUUAAAUUAAAAAAACAGCAUGGUAGCUCAGAAGUUACAUAAGUUUCGUGAUCACUUUAAUAAAGUAAUCCUAAGCUGUGCUCAAAGAGUUAAAUUUUAUAGAAGAAGAAAAAAGCUCCCAAAAUCCUACUGUUGUAAAAAUUGUACUAGACUUACUAUGAAGGGGUAAUCUUUGUUGCAAAAGCAGAAAAUUGGCUAUUUUAUAAUUGUUAUAUUGCUUCGAUGUUGCAUUAAAAAUAUUUUGUUAGAUUAAAAAUAUUUUGUUUCAUUAAGCUCAAACUACAGUAAUAUUAUUGCUUAGGAACAAAACUGCUUUGAAAAUGCCAAAUUAUUGCUCUGAAUUGCUCAAAACCAAUGAAAAUUGCUGCAGCAAAACAGGCAAUCAUAUCUCUGAAAUUGUAAAUUGUUUUUGUAAAUGUAAUAUCAUAUUAUAAUAUAAUAAAAAACAUAUUUUUGUUCAUUAAUAGGAAAAUAAUUUAUUUAAAAUACAUUUAUAUUUUAUUCAAUGUAAAAUAUAUUUAUAUUGAAUAUAAUUUUUAAUUCUUUCAUAAAAUUUAUUUAUUUUUUCAUUUAUUUAUUUUUAAAUUGUGGUAAGUGGGCAUCCUUACCAUUCACAUGCAUAUUUAUAUUUCAAAUGCACCAGAAAAAUUUGUUUGCAACCAAAAUUAAACAACUGAAAUUUCUUUCUAAAAUGUUUGUAUUUCUGUUAACUCAAAUGAGAUUGUUGUGUGAUAUGCAUAUGGCAAUAGUGGAAUUUUCAGUAUCAACUUUCACUAUCUUGUUCUUUUUAUUUUCAGUAGUUUAUGAUUGAUUUGCUUUCAGUAUCAAUAGAUCUGCCUAAAAUGCAAAAAUAUUUUUUUCCCCAAGAAUUGUGUUUUAAUAUUUCUAUUCACAGAAAAUGGUGCUGUAUCUUCACUGUAAUGUGAAACUUAGCAAUCUUCAAAUGUAGUUACAAAAAUCUUAUUAAUUAUUGUAAUAUUUGAUGUAUCAUAUUGUAUUGGAAACAAAUUAAGUUACUGCUUUGCUUCUUCAUAAUUAACACUGUAAAAUAUUCACGAAUAAAAAUGUUUUUUUUUUUAA